AUGACGAAUCUGGAAGACAGCCCAUGUUUCGAAGCGUUCCUUCUGACCUGCAAGUGGGACACCCUGAACGUCGUGGAUAGGUACACACCGAGUCCUCUGCUUACCGGACAUCCGUCGCACCCUUUAUGGCUACCUAGUCGAUCUUGCGAUUUGCUCCUCCAGUCGAAGUUCUGUGUCCCGCCUGUAGCUGUGGUUGACUACAUGAGCCAUACAGCGAUGAACUACAUUUCGGGAUGCAGUAGGGAAUUGCAAGUACUCCUUAUUUGCCUGAUUCUUUUUCAUUCUAAGGGCUUGGAUUUUUUCUGUAUCCUAGGGCAGUGUGAAAAUUCCCCUCCUGACCUCAAUUACGUUUGA